AAAGAAAGCAAGGUAGGGUUUCCGCUUCCGUCUCGCGGCCGCUUCCGUGUUUGGGCGUGAUGGAGUCGGUCCUGAGCGAAGUGGUGGCGUCGGAGGAUCUAAAAAGAUUUGAGAAGAAGUUCAACGCUGAGCAGAGCGCAGGCAACGUCUCCAGAGGGACACAGUUCGAGUACGCUUGGUGCCUGGUCCGCAGCAAAUACAACGAGGACAUCAAAAAGGGCAUUGUCCUUUUGGAAGAACUGUUGGGCAAAGGGAACAAAGAAGAACAACGGGACUACGUGUUCUACCUUGCGGUAGCCAAUUACCGGCUGAAGGAAUACGAAAAGGCCCUGAAGUACAUCCGGGGCCUGUUGAAGACUGAGCCAAGCAACACGCAAGCUUUGGAGAUGGAAAAACUGAUCAAGAGAGCCAUGCAGAAAGAUGGCUUGGUUGGCAUGGCGAUCGUUGGCGGCAUGGCGUUGGGAGCAGCCAGUCUGGCGGGCCUGAUUGGCUUGGCCAUUGCCAAAUCCAAAUCCUAAGGCGUAUAGGGGUUAGGCCUCCCUUCUCUUCCUCUGGUGGAGCAGCCCGGCCUGGCAGCUUGGAAGACCCAACCCUUCAAGAGAAGCAAGUGGAGGGAUGAUUCAAAAUUCUUUAUGUUUUUCUUCAAAUGUCACUAACGCUGACUCUAAUUCCUGGAUUUUCGGUCCUCUUUUUUUUUUUUUUUUUCCUGCCGAUCAGCUGCCACGCUCAUGAGGGCAAAGGGCCAUGAUAAUGCAGAAUUUGCCCAGAGAAUGAGGGUGCCCUGAGACUAUAAUCCAAUUUUUCCUCUUGCGUUAAUCCAAGAUGAGGUUCUUCUGCUUGUCUCUCCUCCACUGAUACAAGAA